GCAGUCUUACACUGCAACGAGCAGCGCUGAACUAAUGAAUCGCUCCACUUGCGUUCAAAGAGGAUUACUGUUCCUUCUGCUUAGCUUAGUUUCAUCAAAUUAGGAUAAGGGUAGGAGAGGUCUUCGGUCCACAGCGGUCAUCUGCCUGUCAAGUGGACAGUCGAGCGCUAAGGCUGCUGCAAAUGGAGACAAGGCGGGAGUUGGAUGUUUUGAUAUUCCCAGAUAAAGUGAGGAUUCUUACUCCGGAGGAAGUCACACUAUGGGAGCUUGAGACAGCGAGCCAGGUGUUCAUUCCCACCGUCCGACUCUUUGUGGCACUUUACCCAUACAACCCUGCUGCAAUGUCCCCCAACUAUGAGAGGGCUGCAGAGGAACUACCUUUUGUGCCAGGCCAGAUAAUCAAGGUGUUUGGAGACACAGACUCUGAUGGUUUCUAUCACGGAGAGUCUGGCGGUCUCUCCGGUUAUGUGCCAAGUAACAUGGUGGCUGAAGUCCCAGUGGAUGAUGAGUACCUGAAGCACCUACUCAUGCAGCAAGGAUUCCUCCCUGUGGACCACACAGGUAUGUGUUUGACGCCAGAUCUGAGCGACGUAGCCAGUAUCUCUGAUGAUGUGGUCGUUCGACGAAUGGUGGCCUUAUUUGACUACGACCCGUGGGAAAGUUCACCGAACAUGAACAGUGAAGAUGAACUUGGCUUUCGUUCUGGAGACAUCAUUUACGUGUUGGGUGACAUGGAUCAAGAUGGAUUUUACUAUGGGGAUCUGCACGGACGUCGAGGUUUGGUUCCAUCAAACUACUUGCAGCUGCUUCCCUGGAGUUAGAAGAAAAGGCCGACUAAGAUGUUUGCCACAAAUGCCAAGUCUCAGACUCUGUGGGAAAUCAGCAGUUUUUUUUAAAAGAAAAUGGUUAAAUGGACAUUUUAUGUGUCAAAAAUAUAUAUUUUCAUUUUCUUAUAUUAUAGUACGGCAUUGCAAUUUAGAUUGCAAGUCAAUGAUCGUCUCUCAUUUGCACAAUUAAACUAGUAUUACCGGUAUUGAUCAGGAUGCUACACAGUAAAGAGUUCUCGUCAUACAAUUUUCAGAUAAUUGUUUUAUUGAAAAACAAAAUGACAAAUCAUUUGGCAAAGAAAAGUACAGAAAAUACAAAUGAGUUUAAUCUAAUCAUUAAUUUUUACCUGCCUACAUUCACUUUGCUUAUAUUUUAUGCACUUUUUUUUACAAACAAGGCACAACAUGAGCCAAUGUAUUUUCAAAAUGAAAGCUUAUAUAUGAAAAUGUAAUUGUAAUUACUUCAAUCAUACCUUAUGUUAAUGGUUAUAUUAUUUUAGCCUUAAUAACACACCUUUAGUCUCAGUCAUUUUGCAGACCAGAGUGUAUUUAUAUAGUAUAUCAAUAGUU